AUGUCGGCAGCGCAGAAGCCAGACGGCCCGCUCAAGGUCGACAACCUUGCCGAUAUGGCACCAACGGCGUUUGAGGACUUCAAGGAGCUGACCGACUCGGCCAAGAUGGCGGCUGCCAUGAACCUCGAGGCUCUCAACCUGCCGGUCCUGAACGGCAACACGCUGCGUUUCAACAAGGACGGCAGCAUGUUUGUUGUCGAGUCGUACCCGGCACCACGUCAGCGCCGCUAUGCCGACAGUUCCCAGCAGCAGCAGGAGGACUGGCAGAAGGAGGAGGAGGAGAGCAUGCGAUACCGCAGAUACUUGCGGGAGCGGUGGCGGAACGCCGCAUAUGAUGUCAUUGACGGCGCGCAAGACUGGACGGGUGGUGCUGAUGGUGUUGGGUUUGGUGCUGAUGGUGUUGGCUAUGUUGAUGAUGGCCGACGCAGUCGCCGCUACAUCUCGCAAGCGUCGUCAUCCCUCCAAGUUCAGCAGUGCGAGGUACCCGUGCUGCAUAGCCGGCGCGGCGCCCGUAACAGAAUUGUGCUUGACUUUGAUGGACACACCGCACGUGCCAUCGACAGCACGUGGGGCGCGUUUGCAGCAAAGGCGUAUGACGUGGCAGGCAACGGGCCGUGCUUCAAUGCGGCAGAGCAGAAACACGUUACGCAAGUGUGGGCACGCGUUGCUGAGGACUACGCUCCCUUUGACGUGGACGUGACGACCGAACCGCUGGACCAAACGUCCACCACCAUUCAUGUUGUCAUCACGUCUGCUAGGCAGGAAAAUGGAAAGCCCAUGCCAUACUCUGACUCGGGCGGCGUUGCUGUGAUUGGCGUGUUUGGUUCCCCCUCCAUCGCGUACUAUUCGCCAGCGCUCGUGUAUUGGGACAACCUCAACUUUGGAUCGGAAAGCCACGUCGCCGACGCCAUCUCACAUGAGGCUGGCCACAACUUCGGGCUUGGACACGAUGGGUUUGGCAACAACGAGUACUACGAUGGGAUGGAUGGCACCACAGCCAUGAACUCAUGGGGACCCAUCAUGGGCGCACCAUACGGCCGUGCGUUGACGCAGUGGUCGCGAGGAAACUACGCCGGCGCAACAAACUCGCAGGACGACAUCGACAUCAUUACACGUCAGACCGGUUUAGCGAUGGACGAGGCGGGUGACGGCCCGGGAACGGCGGCCUCUGUGGUGUACACGGACAGCAACGCGUUCUUUGCUGACGGCGUCAUCUCCAGCCACGUGGACAAGGACUGGUGGGUGGUGCAGCUGACGGACACGGGCAGCAUCGAGGCAACGGUCAUACCAUGGUUUGCCAGCGAGGGCUCGGCAGGAAACAACGUGGACCUCAAGCUCACCAUGUACGCCAGCGACGGGCGGAGCAUGGUGGUGCGCAGCAACCCCUCCGGCGACACCUCGGCCUCCAUCUCGCGAACGGCGUUGCCUGCAGGCGUUUACUUCCUCGAGGUUGACGGCGUGGGCGACGUGGCGGUCUUCAACAGCGACUACGGCUCCAUUGGCCAGUACCGACUCACGGGCAGCGUGUCCACUGGACCACCACCGUCAACACGCGCACCGCCAACACUCACGCGCGUGGGCCCAGACCCGCCACCACGCAGCAGGGAGCCGUGUGCACCCGACAAGUACGAGGACAACGACGUGCACGAGCAAGCGUACGAUCUGACAUCGGAGCUGACGUCACCACAGCCCGGUGGUGUGCGCGGCACCAUCUGUGCACGGGACCUCGACUGGUACCGCGUGCCCGUUGCUGCGCACUCCACCAUCAUGAUCAUCAUGUACAUUGAUGUAAUGCGCGGUGAUCUGGACCUGCUGUUCUUCACCCCGGACGGCAUGCUUGUGGACGAAAGCGCCACCGUCACCAGGCAGGAGGGCGUGCAGUACACGGACCAGACUGGCCACGACAGCCUGUGCUACGUGCUUGUGAGGGGCGUGGCCGACUCGCAGGGCAACUACUCCCUCCACGUGUAUGACUCCUCCAUGAACGGGUUUUGCGCGUACGACCGCUUUGAGCUGAACGACGCCCCCUCGAGUGCAUACGACCUUGCCCCACCGGUCAACACCUUCAGCGCGUGGCUGUGCUCCGACGACCAGGACUGGUUCCGCAUUCCCGUGUGCGCCGGCAGCGACAUAUCCGUUGACGUUUCGUUCUCGUCGACGGACGGCAACAUCGACGUUGUGCUGUACGACCCUGACGGGCGCGUGGCUGACAGGAGCACGGGCACAGGUGGCGUUGAGCGCGUGUUCCACUCCAACCACGGGCCAGAGGCACACUACCUCUUGCACGUGUACGAGAGAAAUGGCGAUUCGGCAACGUACACCGUGCACAUCACGCGGCAGUGUGACUACCCAAGUUCCACCAUCAGCACAAUCAUACCGCUGCAUACGACGAUGGACACACCACUCGACACGUCGGCCGCGCACAUGGCUGCGCCUGCCUUCCUCACGCGAAUGUUUGGCAGCGUGAACCAUGGUGGCACUUACGGCGCGCGUGCGCUUGAACUCAUCACGGCCUUUGCUGCAUACGUUGUCGUGCGCUGGCUCGUGUAG